AUGAAAUCAGACCACAAUUCAUGCAUGCACAUGAGGAUGCAUGGGGUAGGUAGGCUUGGAGGUGUAUCACAACCCCGUAGGCUAAUAGAAAGUGUCGGUGUUGAGGACACGUGGCGUGAUGGGAUUGAUGGUGAUGAGGGUGAGUGGGGAAGCAAAGGCAUCGGUAGCACCAUUUCAGGUUUCUUUCAUCACUCACUUUCAAAGUAG